UGGGCGCGCCCGCCAGAGCCAAGACGGUGGUUGCACCCUCCGACAGCAGGCAUUGGCUGUGGCCAGUGCUGGCGACAGCGCUCGGGCUCUUUUUUCCACUACUCCCGAGGGGAAGUGUACCCUGGGAAUUGGCCACUGUUUAAGGACAGAGUUAGCUGGGCCGGGGAUCUGAGCAAGAAGGAUGCAUCAAUCAACAUAGAAAAUAUGCAGUCCAUACACAACGGCACCUACAUCUGUGAUGUCAGAAACCCUCUUGACGUUGCCCGGGCUGGACACAUUAGGCUCUAUGUGGUGGAAAAAGAGAACCUGCCUGUGGUUCCAGUUUCAGUGGUGGUGGGCAUAGUGUCUGCCGUGGUCUUAGGGCUCAUUCUCUUCAUCAGCAUGAUCCUGGCUGUGCUCUAUCGACGGAAAAACGCUAAACGGGAUUAUACUGGCUGCAGUACAUCGGAGAGCUUGUCACCAGUUAAGCAGGCUCCACAGAAGUCUCCCCCUGAUACACAGGGUCUAGUAAGGAGUCUGCCUUCCGGAUCGCACCAGGGCCCAGUCAUAUAUGCGCAACUAGACCACUCAGGGGGACAUCACAGCAACAAGAUCAACAAGUCGGAGUCUGUGGUGUAUGCAAACAUCCGGAAAAAUUAAAGAGAAGACCCAGAACAUUCCCUAAGCAAGAAAAGCAAACGCAAACUGGACUCUUGUGCAGAAAAUGUAGCCCAUCAUCACAUGUGGCCUUGGGGACCAAGGAAGAACAGGCACACGUGUGCUCAGCAAGGGGACAGGGCCGUGUAUAAAGGAUAUGUGUACAUGUUCUAUUUAAUCUUCCCGAUGGGAGGAUCCAGUGUUUUGUGGUGAAAAGGUGUGAUUCUGCAUAUGCAUAAACUGUCUUACUGUUUUUAUAUGUUCUUUCAGGGUUGUUUGCCAGGGGGAAAUUUCAGAUGAGAUCGGGCACGUUCAGGGUGGUAUGGCUGUGGACCGAGGGGGAGAUUUCAGAAACAUCCCUCUCCCACCGUGUAGCUAUCACUUGCCUUGACAGAGAGAGUGGCAGACCUUUUAGUAUUUCCAGUAGACAUGGCCUUCUCAUCAAGGGCUCCACAAGUCUUAGCAUUUAUCGUGGUGAGAGGAUGGACAUAGGGGGAUGCAAACAUAGCCAGCGUGGACUUUCAACACAGUGGCAGACGCAUUUGGUUGUAGCUCUUAAACAGGGUCCAUGGGCUACACUGCUUAAAGGAGUUUUUUGUUUGUUUGUUUGUUUGUUUGUUUGGGGGCUACUCAGGAUGCCUUCAAGGCAGGUCUGGUUUGGCUUGAGGAUG